GUACAGAUACGAAACAAUUCUAAGUAUAUAUAUAUAUAUAUCAUACUUCAAAACUUUACACCACAUUCAUUCCACAUCGAAAUGAAUCGCUGGGUUGGUAAAGUUGCAGUUGUAACUGGUGCAAGUGCUGGUAUUGGUGCAGUUCUUGCUGAAAAAUUGGUUAAAGAAGGUCUUCAGGUGGUUGGUCUUGCUAGACGUGAGGAGCCAAUAAAAAGUCUUUCUAAAAAAUUACAAGGACAAAAAGGAAAAUUGUACGCUUUAAAAGUUGAUCUAAGCAAGCCCGAUGAAAUAAUAAAUGCGUUUAAAUGGGUAAAAGACAACUUGGGUCCAGUCCACAUUCUUGUAAAUAACGCUGGUCUCGCUAUAAACGACAGUUUGAGUGAUGGAAACUAUGAAUCAUGGAAACAAGUACUUGAUGUUAAUGUUUUGGGCCUUUCUGUUGCUACGAGGGAAGCCGUAAAACAAAUGAAAGAAAACAAAAUCGACGGCCAUAUUGUUCAUGUAAACAGCAUCCUUGGUCACAGAUUAGUUACAAUGCCCGGGUUGAAUAUGUAUCCCGCUUCUAAAUAUGCGGUUACCGCAUUAACGGAAACUUUGCUCAACGAGUUCAACCAAAAAAAUUUAAAAAUUAAAAUUUCGAGCGUUAGUCCAGGUGUAGUUAAAACAGACUUCCGAAGAGUAGCUGGAUAUACACCACAAAACGCAGAAGAAAAUUUCCCGGGCAUUACCUCCGAAGAAGUAGCAGACGCAAUAAUUUACGUGCUGAGUACGCCUCCGACAGUACAGAUAAGGGAAUUAAUACUAACCGCAGUUGGAGAAUCUUUCCAGUGAAACUGUGCAAAACUUAACUGCUUUACACUUCUAGUGUUAUUGUUGACACUAGACUGUUCAAAGUUGACGCAAGUUAAACGACUACAUAAAAUGAGAAAUAAAAAUAAAACUAACAACUACAAAUUGAUAUAAAAUAA